CUCCGAAUGUACGGCACCACCACACUUCCACUUUGCCUCUUUCAGGAGAGAAGUCGCAAGUGCCAAACGAUGAUCGGCGACUUCGAGUACCUGCAGCAGCGUUUAGCACUCCGCGUGGACGUCAUGCAGCGCCACAUAGAGGGUGUUGCUGAGGUGAUACUGGCCCCUAGAGCGGCAGAGCUGCGCGUGCUUCGGCUGCACGCUCGACAGCUAAAAGUGAAGAGCGUGUGUAUUAACGGUGUGAAGGCCAACUUCGAGCAACUUAACUUCCUGGGCGAGAUCGUGGACGAAAACUACAGAGACUUGGCUACAUUCGACCUAUUCUACCGCGGCGCUAUCGUCGCCUCUAAGGAAGGCGAACUCAUCAUCGAGAUCCCGAGAGACGUAACAUUCCAGGAGGACGAGGAGAACGCCGAGGACUCGAGCAACUUAAGAGACCAACAAGUGGAAAAAGACGAUGACGACGGCGAAGAGACAGAAGUUGAUACUCAAAAAGAACAAAAGUUGGUACUCGAUGCCUGGGACCUCGAUCGUCUGCCCAAGAGCUCCACAGGCUUCAAACCUGUGGUUGUGAGGGUCGAAUACGACGUUGACGAGCCCACUGGUGGCCUGAGGUUCGUGCUGCCAGACGAACAGUACCAACCUAAGAGAAGUCCGCACAUGUACACUUAUUGUGGACCUUUUGGCGGUCUGUGCGACGGAGCACGGUCCUGGAUGCCUUGCAGAGACACUUUGAGAGAUGCCUGCACAUUUAGGAUCGAGCUUACAGUGCCCGACUGGUGUGUGGCUGUCUGUAGUGGACAGAUGGUGCAACAGAUUCUAAAUCCAGAGACAGAUGCGGACGGAGGACAGUGGAGGACGUUCAGAUAUGUCGUAAACCCCAAGACCAAUUGCUCGUCCAUUGGCUUUGCAGUGGGACCUUUUAGACUCUACGUCCCGCCAGAAAUGCCCCGAAUGACGCACUUUGCAUUGCCCGAGUGCUUCGAAGACCUCGUGCAUUGCACGUCCAAGUUGUCCUCGGCCAUGACGUAUUUUGAAGGAGCACUGGGCACUUUGUUCCCAUUCAAAACGUACCAGCAAGUGUUUGUGGAAGAUCUACCGGAUCAGCUGCAAUAUAUUGCAGGAGGAGCCAUUCUGGACCAGAAUUUGCUGCAUGGACCGAGGAUUAUUGAUCGUGAAUUACCAUCGCACUUGGCACAGGUUAAGGCGCUUGUAGGCAGUUGGAUUGGCGGCGCUGUGGGUAUUCAAAGUACGAAAGACGCGUGGGUGUUGAUUGGUGUUAUUGGGCAUCUAGUGAACACGUAUGUCCGCUCUGUAUACGGGGAAGAAGAGUAUGGAUACCGUAUUCAACUGGCGAUGGAUGCGUUGACUACGAUGGAGUUGACGACAGAUCAUCAGUCUCCAGCGUUGCUGUCGUCGGAAGUGGACGUGUAUUCAGAGUACGACCCGUUGUCGCUGACGCUGCUGGAAGUAAAGGCUCCUCUUGUGCUGCAUAUGAUUGAGCAGCGUGUAGGACCAAAGCAUUUGAGUAUCGCUAUUCAACGUGCUGUGUCUGAAGGAGCUGGUAUGGCAGCGAAUAAUGCUGCAAGUGGAGGUGACGCGCCUAAUAAUGGCGAUAGCAAGGAUGAAGAGAAUGGAAAGAGCACUGACGACAAGAAGAGUGCAGAUGAAGAAGGAGACGCUGGUGCUGAGAACUCUAACGCGUCAGGGAAACCAGCCAAUGGAGCGACGUCAUCGGAGCCUUUGACGACGUUGUCAUUCUUGAAGACAGUGAAGACGAUCGCUGGUGCUGCAGGUCAAGACCUCACUAAAUCGUUCCUUACGUCGUGGAUUAUUGAGCCUGGGAUGCCUUUCUUUACGGUCGGAUACUGGUACAACCGUAAGCAGACACAAGCAGAAGUGGUGUUGCAACAGGAGAUUCCCCCUGGAGGGAAGCUUUACACUGGUCCAAUCACCAUUACGAUCGUCGAGGAUACGAGUGAGUACACUUAUCAGAAGCGUAUCGAACACAAGCGGCACAAAUUCGACUUCCCAUGUCACUCGAAAGUCCGAAAGAAACGUCGAAAGCGUCAGGGACUCGCAGACCCGGACGACUCGGUAUCUGUCGGUGGACCAGGGAUGGGUCUGAACGAUACUCCAGUCUUCUGGGUCAAGAUCGACACGGGUUGUGCCUGGCUACGACAUGUCGUGAUGCAUCAGCCGGACUUUAACUGGAUGGAGCAGUUGCUCUCGGACAAGAAGGUUGGCUCGCGUGUACAUGCUGCUCGUGCGUUAGCGCUCUUCCAUCGACCUCACGAGAAGCCGAACGUCAUGUCAUGUCGAGUUCUCACUGAGUGUAUGAGUGGUCUUACGACUCAUUCAAGGCGACUACGUGCCGAAGCAGCUCAAUCUCUCGGCAUCUGGCAGUCGAUCCACGCACCUCUCACGAAUGCGAACACGCAGCUCCCCAUCUGGAAGGCCAUGCACAAUCUUGUGCGUAUUUUCAAGGAGCAUUUCUUCGAUCGAGCGACAGAUAUGCCACUGCCGAACUACUUUUUGCCUUCUGGCGGCAAGGUUAUCCUCGAGGCCCUGGGAGCACAACAGGCGUCGAUUUCUAGCAAGCAGAUCCAGGUGCAAGACUAUGCUGAGGGAGAGUACGAAAUCAAGAAGAGUAUUCCUAAGGCACUAGCGAUGAUUCGUGCUCAGAACGGCAAGACGCCACCGGAGAUCGAGAGGUUCCUGCUGCAAUUGCUGACGGAGAAUGACAACUCGAAGAAUUACGUGGAAAUGGACGACCAAUCGCAAGUGGCGGACGACUGCUACUACAUUGGCAACAUCGUCUUGUCACUGUCCGUGUUGAGUUUGGAUCGUCCUACUCGCUCGGAAGACGGUGACGCGGUUGCGCUCGAGAUCCUGCGCUAUCUGCACUACGACCAAGUCCAGCCCAGCUACAACAAAACAAUCACCGUGUGCUGUCUCGAAGCCUUGUGUAACUUGGUGUUGGCAGGACGUUGCGAGGAGAAGCUCGUCAACUUCCAUUCAUUCGCAUCGCCCAAGCACUCGAAUCUCGUCCGCAAAGCUGCCAUCGAGAGUAUUCUCCGUCUAUACUUCGCUGAAGACCCCAAUGGCCCAAAUACGGGAGACAAUUCUUCAUCGAUGGGAAUGAGUUACUCUGUCAACACCAGUAAAUCUAGUCGACGAGGAGCGACUUCGUUGUUAUCGAACAGUUAUGGAGCGACGGCUGCGAUGUUGUGGCUGUGUGAGUUGUUGAAGGCGGAACAGUCUCCCGGGAUCCGCUUGUUUGCGGUCCAAGUGUGUCUGAACUGCAUGCGUGGGUUCCCACCAGGUGUAGGCAAAGAGGUGCUUGCUACGUGGGACCACAGCUACACUCUGGGUCUGAUGAAUUAUAUCGAAAUGAAGGAACCGACGUCGUUCGUGCUCAAGAGUCCGGAGAAGGACAAGAUCUUGGGACUGUUUGAUCGCCCCAAUCUAAGCAAACUUCGAGAUGACAGCAGCUCGGCUAAACGUAUCGCUGAAGAGCUGUGGAACCUGAUGAACACGAAUGCUGCCAUGGACCAGAGACUUCGUGUGGCGCUCAUUGUUCUAUACAGGAAGAUCUGGGGAGAGACGACACCAAUAGCUGUGGCUCAUAUCGUUCAGGACAAGCCUGCGAACUGGGCUGGAGGCUAUGAAAGCUUGCGAUUGAUGAUGGAGGAGAGUAAGAACCGGAUGCUGAUGAAUGGAGGACGUGCUGGCGCCAAUACCGACGCUGGCAACGGACUUGGUCGAAAGCAUGAUGACGAUCGUAAGCGAGGUUUCUCGUCGACUGCCAGUAGUCCAGCCGAUGCUGCACUCGAACAAUUCCGCGGCAAGAAAUUUAAAUUCAAGAUGGGCGAUACGACGUUCCGAUCCCACAAGCUGUAAGCCAGCAAUGAAACAAUGUUUUAAGCUUUAUGUAGUGCUGUAUUUUCUUAGUUAACGAGUAAAGUGAUGCUGAGCUUAGAGCAGUUUGGCACGCACGACGGCGGCCUAUAAGCCCCUGGAACCUUACCCGAUGGGAUGGAUCUGCGGUAGCAAGUACUUCAAAGUCAUUUUUCACCGUCGCGCUGAGCAGCAACUGUCCGGCACCCUGAACGCUAAUGAGGAAUGCAGAUUCUGGAUAUCAAGCUGAAGAGAUAGACGAUUUUGUGUGUGCUGCUCAAACAGGACGAAACACAGGUAAAUUAUGCGAAAAUGUUUAAAUUACAUCAAUCCAUUUACGUGAAUUUCCA